GUGUCUCCAAUGAAUAGAAGAAUCAGAAACACUUCGAAUAUACUAAAUGAAAGGGAUGAGCGUCCGGGUGGAAUCAUGAAAGACAAAUCAAUGGUGCAUUCGAUGGCGAAAACGCAGCCGGUGUCGGAACGGCAAACGGUUCGGCUGGAGGACUUGACACGUCCGAUAUCGAUUAAAAAUAAUGCUGAAAUUCAAGCGGCUGUGGAGAUUCAGAAUCGCCUUCAGAAGAAAAUGGCGCGGAAUUCGGAGAGACGAAGGAAAAUGACGCAUGCAUCGGAGACGACGGCACAGAAUCGAACGCAGGAGCGGAUUGAUUUUGUGGAGUUUGCGAAUAAGCAUUAUCAUAUCGAUUAUUUGCAGAAUGGGGUUCACAAAAUGCGUUACUCGAAAGAAGAAUACGAGAACAUAAUCUACGAGGCUCAAACAAUAUUUUCCUCCGAGAAAGCCCUAGUCGAUAUAGAUCCACCGUGUGUAGUGGUUGGUGAUCUCCACGGACAAUACAACGAUCUCAUCAAUAUGUUCAUUCUAUUGGGUCGUCCUCCUGAAACCGUUUACGUCUUCACAGGCGACUAUGUGGAUCGUGGAAUGAUGAGUUUAGAGUGUAUUAUGUUGCUGUUCACUUAUAAAAUAUGCUAUCCGGAGCACAUUGUUUUGCUACGCGGUAAUCAUGAGAUAGCCAGAGUCAAUAAGAAAUAUGGAUUCUAUGAUGAGUGUCUGCAAUCGAUACCAAAGGUAUAUGGUACCAUAGAAAAAUAUAUAAACACUACCACGCAAACAUGCACUACAAGAAAAGCUCUAAACUUUCAGCGUUGCUUCAACAACCUCCCCAUCUCUGCUCUAAUUGCCACAAAGAUCCUUUGCAUGCAUGGAGGUCUUUCACCAUCUCUCAUAACCCUAGACGACCUUCGAAAUCACCCAAAACCAAUUCGAAACCCAUUCCGUGGAAUCGUCAAUGAUAUGCUUUGGGCUGACCCAGAUCCAGCGGUCUUCGAAUGGAAAACCAGUGCACGUGGCUCGGGAUUCGUUUUUGGCACCAAUGUGAUUGAUGAUGUUUGUGCGAGACUUGACGUCGAACUCAUCGUCCGAGCUCAUCAAAUGUGUUUCGAUGGUUAUUGGGUUGUUAGUGGAAAGAAACUGAUUACGAUUUUCUCGGCGCCAAUGUACUGUAACUUGUAUAAAAACGCUGGAUGCGUUUUGAAAGUGGACGAUGAGCUGGGCAUUCAGAUGGUCGCUUUCGUCCCGGAAUCUCCGAAAGUGGAGCAGGUGAUUGAGGAGAAGAAUCGAGUGUGGGACUUUUCGUUUGAUAAUAUUGAGUGA